UAUAAUAAUCAUGGAGAGACAAGAAUUAACUACACAAUAGAUUAUGAAGAUCUAUUUAUGCCAGAAGUACAAGAUUAUAUCACAGAUUAUGCCACGGAUUCUGAAUAUGAAGAAAGUGCAAAAAGUACUUACAAGCGAAGUGACAAAAAAUUACCAGAAUUUGAUCCAAUCAAAAAUGUUAAUGAGCUUCAUAGAAGUUAUACUACAUUGCCACAUGAAAUGCAGCAAGGCACUAUUACUCCACUUACAUUGUUUUAUUUAUUUUUUACUGAUCAUUAUUUUCAAUUAAUUGUUAAUAAUACUAAUAGUUAUAAAAAAUUAAAUUGA